GUAUAGAAGACAUUCUUGCAUUAUUUCCCUCUCAAAAUCCUUACCAAAUUGUUUGUCAAUACUAUGACGAUGACGAUGACUAUGAUGGCCGAAUAGAAAAAUCUAUUUUUACAGCCGACGAAGAAAAACAUGCAUUGCUGAAACAAGAAACAGAGAAAAAUUAG